GGGGGCACUCACUCAGCUGUGACAGCAGACAGCAGCCCUGGGACCCGCCGGCAGCACCGCCUGCCCAACAGCCACGGGGACCCACCAGCGUCACCACCUGCCCCACAACCACAGGGACGUGCUGCUGUCACCGCCUGCCCCACAGCUCCAAGGGCCAUGCUGAUCCUGACGUGCCCGGCCCAGCUGCAGCGACUGGAAGGAGCCCUGCGGAGGAGCCUGCCCCUCGCCCUGCCGGUGCAUGGGGCUGUGAUGAACAUGAACCGGGGCAACCCUGGGGACUUCGAGGCUGUGGUGGAUGCCUGGCCGGACUUCCACGCAGUGCUGGCGCGGCGCCGCGGCGAGGUGCCGGCAGACGACUGCUACAUGAACAUGCACGCAGCUUUCUACCGUGACCUGGGUGCCUACCGGGCCCUGCUGGAGAGCCCGGGUGCCCUCCACUGGGACACCGCCUUCCACAUCUUUGGUGGGCUGCAGGACGGGGUGGCAUUGGCAUCGCAGGCUGUGGCAGCAGCCAAGGGUGUCGAGCUGGAGGUGUCACAGUACUACACCUACCUGCACCCCAACCCCAGCACCAUGCCUGAGCCCCGGCUGGACCCCGGUGUCCGGGUGGGCUCGCUGAGCCCAGCGCACGCGGACCUGCUGGACGCUACCUGGGCCUACGGGGGAAACGCGUGGAGCCGCCGCUACCUGGCUGACAUGGUGGCGCGCUUCCCCAGCCUGUGCCUGCUCACCGCCACCGCCACGCAGCCCCUCUGCUGGGUCCUGCUGGACCCCUUUGGCACUGCAGCGCACGGCUACACCCUGCCCGCCCACCGCCGGCGUGGGCACAUGCGGGCGCUCACCGUCCUGGCCGCCCGGCAGGCGCAGGCCCGCGGCUUCCCCGCCUUUGGGCACACGGCCCCAGACAACAGGCCCAUGCAGCGGCUGCAGGAGCAGCUGGGCUACCAGCGCCUGCCCGGCCACUGCCGCUUCGUGCUGCACAACCCCGGCCUGGGCCGGCCCGGGCCCAGGCCCUGACCCCCCCCGCUGCCCGGGGGGGACUCAGCACACAUCCCCACUGGCAAUAAAACCUGGUCAUCCCCCUGCUCUGUGUGCCUGGUCC